UGGAAAAUGGCAAGGGCGGUAGUAAUUAUCUUCUACGCCCUUCUAAUUACUGGCGCCGUCGCUCUCCUCUGUUCCUCCAUCCCGCCGCGGCACCCGGCGACGGCGGGGGCAGGGGUCCACCGCCGCCUCGGGUACAAGCUGCCGGCCCUCAAUUUCGACCCGCUCGUGGAGAAGAUGCAGCGCGCGGUCGGCGAAUCAGGAGUACUUCGGGGAGGAAGGGAGGUUCAACAUAACGAAGAGGCUGAUGCGGCUGUUCCCGUCGCUGGACAAGUCGCCGGCCGACGGCAAGAUCAGCUUCUCGGAGAUGGAGAAUUGGAACGUGGCGCAGGGCGCCGAUCGGCUGGCGUACCGGACGCAGAAGGAGUUGCUGUCCCGUGAUCGGGACGACGACGGCGCCGUCAGCUUCCACGAGAACUUCCCCCAAUUUUCCACAUUGGACCUAGCGAAAAAUGAGAUGGGUCACGGUCAAGCCGGAUGGUGGAUGGAGUUGUUCAAACUUGCAGAUGUGAACGGAAAUGGAAACCUCGACUUCCAUGAAUUUAACAACUUCUUGCAUCCAGAGGACAGCCAUGACAGAAAGAUUAAGAUAUGGUUGAUCAAGGACAAGAUUAAGCAGAUGGAUGGUGAUGGCGACGAAAGGCUCAAUUUCGACGAGUUUGUGAAACAUGCUUACGACGUUUACAAGACUUAUGUUGAUUUUGAGAAGACCAGAGUCCCUACUGCUGAAGAAAAGUUUGCGGACCUUGAUGUCGACCAUGACAAGUUCUUGACUGUGGAGGAACUGCUGCCCAUACUUCCCUACCUGAAGCCUGGAGAGCUGACUUAUGCCAAAUUCUACACCCAUUAUUUGAUCGAUGCGGCAGGCUGAUGAGGAUGGAGAUGGUCAUUUGAGCUUGCAAGAAAUGAUUGACCAUGAAACUAUAUUUUACACCACCAUUUAUGAUAAUGUUUAUGAGGGUGAUUAUCAUGAUGAACUCUAAAAAUUCAAAAUUAAUUUCGUUCUGUUCAAUCUCUCUCUCUCCCCCCCUUUGUGUAAAACUUCUUACUUUGUAACACAGUUUUGGGUUAGAGGGUACAUUAUUCCUUGUGUAUCUUUAGGGUAUAAUCCAAAUUUGUUAAAUGCAUUGUGUCUUUCCUAUCUAUCGUCGCGCUUACAGAAGUCAGUAAUCCAAACAUAUAUCGUACUUUAGAGAUGCGGGAAGUAUGAACCUACACAUAUAAGGAUAUAAACAAGGGUUACAUAAACACGAAUAACUUUUCCAAUCAAUACUUUCAAAUGUAGGUUGUACAUGGAAAAAUCUGUAUACAGAAACGAUCGAUCUCAAUCGAUCGUAGUGUCAUGGACCUCUUGCACAUGUUUUUGGUUAAUCUCUAAACUAUAUAAUAUCCACUGUACAGCCAUAGCUAGCUCUGUUGAAGGUUGAAUGUGACAGAUGCAAGAAUGUGAUGAUGGUGGGAAUGAGUGUUUGUGAUUAAUUAGGUCAUUUUCAGUGUGCUUUUCGGCAGUGGAUGUUCUUAGACUAGUUGCAGGCUUGCAGCCCACCAUAGAUGUAUAGUGGAGGGGAUGAAAGAGUUGAAAAUGGAGUUGCAGGUGUUUGUGGAUUUGUUAUGGUGGUGGCAGCUUCCUGGCCUCUUUUUGUGGGUAGUCAAAAGUGUGCCAAGCAUAAUAGUGGAAGGGGGAA